AUAACUGCACAUGAUAAUGCUCAUAGAUGCCUAUAGAGAGAGAAUACAGUUAUUGUUUACAUUCACCCAUUGUUCUGUGGUCAAGACUUUUCAUUUGCUAUGUAUUAGUGAAAUGCAAUUUCAUUGAUGGACCGAACGGUGUCGCUAUACACAAACAUUUGCACAUGUUCACAGAGCCCUUUAAAACCUGCCAUCUCAUAACACAAAGAGUUUAUGAAUUUUAUUACAGUCAUGGGUUACGCAAAUAUCCAGCAGAAAAUGUGUCUUCACAGUAGGCUAUGUUAUCUGAGAGUUAUCACAUGCAUUCAAAACAUCAUCUCUAAUUAAACACACACAAAGCGGUUGGACACUGCUUAGCACUCAAACAAAUACACAUAUAUUCAUCCAUGAAAACCACUGACACAGUUUUGUUUUGAUAACUGUCCAUGUCUGUGUGUGGAUGCACAUAUGUACAGGGGCACACAAGCAGCCACAGCCUCUGCAGUCCUGAAUGGGGGUGGGGCCCCACAGGAAUGAGUGUUGAAUCUCAGAGCCCUGUUGCCAUGGCACCAAAACAAGGAUUCGCCUGCAUUACCCAGUAUGACUGGAUUUGUCUGAAUCAUCUUUCUCUCUCUUGCACACACAUAUCAUUGACAGACGUUAAUUCAUGUAGUACACAUGUGCAACAUGUUUUUUUCUUCUUCUUUAUUUGUCUAACUCCCCUCCUCUACAAAAUGCUAUCAGAGUUCUAUCAGAGAUUAACAUUGCACUUCAUCUGCCAAGCAGAUGCAGACUUGCAUGCACAUGUUCACAGAUGCACAAAGUAGCACAUACAUACACAGUCCAUAAAAGACCACUCAUGACUGACCCAGCCGGUGAGUGUUGGGUUAAUCCACAAAGCGGUGAGAUUCUGAUGCAUACCCCAACAGAGAGGAUUACCCUCCCAUCCUCUCAUCCAUCAGCCCAUCCUCAUGCACAUGCACUCAUCAUAACAAUCCAACAUUAACAGAUGUGCCUCUCUCAGCACUCACCACUACCGGGAGAUUGGGAGAGGGAGCGAGAGAGAUGGGAGAGAGGGAGAGAUUUAGACUGCAGAGUGUGUGAAGAGGUGAGCGGAGUGAGAACCAGGGGUAUUCCACAUGUUGUCGGUUUCUAGUUGAUCUCUGUUUCUCUCUUCAGUUUCUUGAUGAAUAAUUAACUCCACACAGGCUGGAGAUCCAAGUCUUCAUGGUCCCGGACAGUAUCACAUGCAGGGUGGACACGAUCAGCUUAUUUCAGGACGCAUAGAACUCUGAGUGUUACCUCUCUACCCUCUUGAGCUUCAUCUUCAGCUUUGAAAACCAGUGUUCGUGUAUGAGUGCACACUUAUUUUGCGAGUGAGGCACUUUUGGGAAAGCAAGGAAAAAGGAAAAAAUGGAGGCCUGCGUUUUGAAAGCGUCUUUCAGGACGUGACAAAGCGCCAAGCUGAUCCUUUCCGUUGUAAAAAGCUUUGGAGAAGCAGUUGCUAAAAGUAUGGGCCCAUCUGCUGGUGUGCUACCACUACUUCUGCUGCUGCCUAGACUACUUUGUGCUCAGCUCAGCACCGUGUCUGAACUCAAGGACACAUCCAGCUUGGAGUUCACCCCAACACCUUUUCUGACUGACCCAAAUAUCACCGCAGGAAAAGGUUUGUCUCCUAGCCCCCAAGCCACCAGUCUACCUCCUGUAACAGUGGAGGACCGAUCCGCUGCAGAAAGCUACCUCUACAAUGGCGAUUCGUCCUCCUUGGCUGCCUCUACCUGCACACGAACUUUCCAGCUGCCCGUUCGGCGAGGACCUCCACCUCGAGACCUUCUCCCUCUUUUGCACCAAGCCAUAGCAUCUCUGACAAAUGCUGCCAACUUUCUCAACCUCAUAUUCCAAGCUAGUGAGCUGAGAGAAACCAGUGUACGAGAGGAUAUAGAGUGGUACCAUGCACUAGUCCGGACUAUGCUUGAAGGGGAUCGGCCAGGCUUGGUCAGACGAGCUUUUCUAACAUUCGACGCCGACCCAACAAUCCAACAGCCCCAGUUGGUGCUCCGUGCCUCCAAAGGCACAACCCAAGACAUUCUCCUGCAGGACCUCACAUCUGCCUGGACCAGCUUCCGUCCUCCUGCCCCUGACCAAAGCUGGUUUGAUAUAUUCAAGUCUAGCUCUCCGCCCCUCCAUGCCUUGUCUAAACGGGUUCUUCUAAAUGACCUAAGCACCCUAGACACUCCCAAGUGGGCACGUGGGGACAGUUAUGUGAUCAAUAGCAGUGGGGUUCAGUGGGGUGAAGGUCCUUUCCUUGAGUGUGUUGAUGGCCGUUUUUUGCCAGGGUGGUUACUUAGCCUUUCAAUGCCAUUUUAUGGGUUGAAGCCAGACCUCAGCCCAGAGUUCAGGGGUGUGAUUCGUGUCGACGUCAACAUCCAGGGAUUUAGCGUGGAUCAAUGUGCCACUGGAGAUUUCUGGUUCGCAAACACACACCAGUGUAAUCGGACCAGCAUGGAGUGUGAGCCCAUUCCACAACAGGGCUUCCGGAUGGGUCAGUACUGCUGCCGAUGUAAAAAGGGCUACUACAGUCCAAUCUCAGACAUACAGAACAAAAGGAACAACCGUGAGAAUAACACCCAAGCUUGUUACCCAGAAGUCCCUGUGUGUGUGCCGUGCUGGCCCGGCUGUGCUGAAUGUGAGGAUGGAGCCCCGUGUUGGGUGCAGGAGGACUGGCUCCUGAGGACGGCUGUUCUGGCUGUGCAGGGCCUCUUCAUGAUCCUUGUGCUAAUCAGCAUGCUGGUGGCAUAUCAGUGCAGAAAAACCAAGCGGAUCCGAUCAUCAGGGCUUUUGCUGCUGGAGAUGAUCCUGUGUGGCUCUCUGUUGCUUUACUUCCCAGUUUUCAUUCUGUACUUCAAGCCCAGCACUUUCCGGUGUAUUCUCCUCCGUUGGGUUCGUCUGCUUGGUUUUGCCAUUGUUUAUGGAACUGUGGCACUCAAGAUGUACCGGGUUCUAAAGGUGUUCCUGUCACGAACUGCCCAGCGAGUACCAUACAUCACCACCACUGGAGUGCUGAGGAUGCUGGGAGUGAUGGUGCUCACUGUCAGCUGGUUUCUGUGCGCAUGGACAGUGGGUGUCCUACAAAACAGAGACCGAAACGUCCCACUUCUCAUCAUAUCCACUACCUCAGAAGGACAAGGCUUCAAUGUGUGCGAUCUGGACCGAUGGGACUACAUGAUGGCAGUCGCGGAGCUGUUGUUCCUGUGCUGGGGGAGUUUUCUAUGCAGCGCAGUGAAGACUGUACCUUCUGCAUUUCAUGAACCACGUUACAUGAGCAUCGCCAUCCACAAUGAGCUACUGCUGUCCUCCAUGUUUCAUUUGCUCAGGUAAAAAGAAAUGGAAAAAUAAAAUCCAGCCAAAACAAAGUUCAUUUCAGGUUCGUUUAGGCAGCUCAUCAAAGCAAACUUUUGGAGGAGUUUGUUUUGGCUCCUAAACACC